AUGCUCGUCGAAGAUUCGCAGUCAGCUCGUGCGAUGAUGACGAAGAAGUAUGCGCAUUGUCCGCUGAAGAAGCGGCCCGUGCUAGUACGGGAGGAGCGGCCGGCGACGCCGCCCACUACGCCGCCUCAUCCCGCCCACAUGGCUACACACUUUUAUUACGAUUACAAUAAUUGUGAUAUGGAAAACGAUGAACCGGAAAACCUCAGUACUAAACCUGAAGACUUAUCUAAGACGGGUAACUACCCGAACAAAGCUUCAUCCCCGAUCGCUACAGCAGCCGUAAAGUUGGAGCCGAGAGAAUGGCCGCAGCAACAGCUAGAGUACUUAGCUGCCUGUCGUGCGCGCCUGGAACCAGCCGCUGAACUAGCGCGGCCCACGCCUCAAUACGCUUACCUGCCUACCUUAUAUCCCUCAUACCCUCUGGAAGAAAUGUACCCCACCGCACCGUCCCUAUCACCGCCGGCUCAUCAACUGUACCACUACUCCCCGGCGUCACCACCAUCAUCGUGCUCGCCACCACCCUGUCCUGAAGACUUACGUUCACCCGGAUCAGUAUCUUCGGACUCGGGUGUCUCCGUAUCCACUUCACGGCGCCCACGUUACCAAUGCCCAGACUGCGCAAAAUCCUACUCUACAUACUCCGGACUAUCUAAACACCAGCAAUAUCACUGCGCCGCUGCGGAAGGAAGUCUGGCUCGAAAAUCUUUCAGCUGUAAGUUCUGUGCCAAAGUCUACACGUCUUUAGGAGCGUUGAAAAUGCACAUAAGGACACACACGCUGCCCUGUAAGUGUCACUUGUGCGGAAAAGCGUUCUCGCGGCCGUGGCUUCUACAAGGACAUAUUCGCACGCACACUGGCGAAAAACCGUUCUCGUGCCACCAUUGUCGCAGAGCCUUCGCCGACAGGUCAAAUCUUCGGGCACACCUUCAAACUCACUCGGACGUGAAAAAGUAUUCAUGCACAGGUUGUGGUAAAACGUUUUCACGGAUGUCACUCUUAAGCAAACAUUUGGAAGGCGGUUGCGGCGUCCCUACCACGUCGCCUUACGAAUAUCGACCUGAAUCUAUGCCAACGGGACCCUCGCACCAGGCGCUAGCGCCCACGGCCCCGGUUCAUGCUUAUUGA